GCGACCUGAUGCAGACCGUCAGGCUUGGCUACCGGCGUGCAAUAGUGAAUUGGGCCUGGUAUUCUCUCGGGAACAAGCCCACCGCCAAGCCGUUUCACAUGCGGACGCUUCUUCGCUGAGCUUGGUGACUAUGGCCUGGACACUUGCGACGCGAGUACAUGAGGCCGUCUCGUCCGCCUGGGCACCUUCUCAUCACUCCUUCCCAACGGUCUUGGUCCUUCUUUCUUCCUGCAACCCCACACUCUCUCUUUCCAUUCAUUUAGAGUGCUCUGUCUCUCUCUUCAUCACUCGCUCUUUUCUACACUCACUCACUUUGCUUACUUUCGUCACCCGCACUUUCUUCUUCUUCUCGCGUGCUGGCACGUCUUGGCCGAUACGCCUUCCUCCUCAGACCAGUCUUGCCUGAUACACGGUUUCGUCGCACCUUCGUUGCCUGCACGUUGAUCUCCAAUCGCUAUAUAAAAGCGACAUAGACUGUCGCUAGUCCGUGGCUUCACGCGCC